AUGACUUAUAAUCCUGCUCCAAACACACAACUUGAUCACAAUGUCACCAUUGAGGAAGUUGAAGAAUACUUCACAAAUUACAUCGUUAACGACAGUUUGGGGAUCAUUGCCAAUGCACAUACUGUCUUUGCUGACAGAGAGAUUAGCAUGGCAUUAAGCAGUCCAUGUGUAGAGCUGGCCAGGCUUUUCUCAGUUGCAGUCGACUUUCCCAAGACCGGAAUCCCUGCAGAAAUCCCUCCUUACCUUCGUGUGAAAGAGUACCCAGAUUUUAUGGACAAGCCCGACAAGACGACGUACCAAUCAGAGCGGGUCAUCGGGAAGCUCUACCGCGAGGUGAAGGAUAUCGCCCCUCACACAUCUUCUGUGAAGAGCUUCACCAUAGAAGUGGCUAUAAAAUCUUACGAUAGUGACAUGGAAGUCGAAGGAUUCAGAGAGUACAUUGACGAAGCCUUUGAGUACAAGACUGAGUAUAUUACAAGCUGGGGAACUUGAUGGACUACUAUGGCAUUAAGACUGAGGCUGAGAUACUGAGUGGUGCCAUCAUGAAGACGUCAAAGACUUUUGAUCGGAGGAAAGAUGCAGACGCUAUUGGGCAGCCGUGAGGGCCC